AUGGCUAUCAACGCCCGUAAACCUUCUGGCCGCGAUGGUCCAAACCCGUUCGUUAACCGCAAAAUUACCCGAAACCAAAGAAACGCUACCAAGCGGCCGGCACCGAAGGCACGACCGAGUAGGAGUCACCGCUCCGCUUCGCUCAGGACGUAUCCGCAGAAGCGUUCACGCCGCUCCAUCCCGUCCAGCCCCUUCCAUCAUACGCGCGUCGCCAUAACGGAUCUGGACAUCCCGCUAGACAGCCGGCGGCCGGUCUUGAUCGAUGGCGAGAAUGUCGCCUACAACGACAUUUCGAGCGAAUACGUUGCCAACCGAAUCUACCAAGCGUACCAGUGGUUCGCCGCGAACGGUCACCGGGCGUUGGUACUUUGCCCAGACUAUCUGCUCGCGAAGCUGUCCGGACAUACACCGCACAUGCCGAUCGAGCUCAUUACGGACAUUCCGGAUGAAAGAGAAAACCACGCGACAAACGUUGCAUUCGAGCUGACGCUGCUGCAGCGCGCUGCGGACGAACAGGCGGCGAUCGUGUCGGAACGUUCGUUUGCUAGCAGCUACCACAGCCAUAUUGACGUUGUGCAGAACCGCGUGGUCGGUUUCACCUUCUUCCGGGAGUCGAUCUUUAUCCCGGUCGAUCCGUACGGUCACGCUGGUCCCUGGUUGCGAGAAAUUCUACGCAAAUGA